UCUUCCAAUAACCUUCACCCCUUCUCCAAUUUUCUCCAUGGAAACCAAGUUGGGAUCGGUUGACGUGCCGAUGAUGCCGGCAAACGGUGCAGUUGGGAGCAUUCCUACGGCAUCCUGUCACACCGUGAUACCGCCUUCACCGGCAGGGGAAGCCACCCUCGGCCGCCAUCUUGCCCGUCGGCUCGUCCAAAUCGGCAUCCGCGACAUCUUCUCCGUCCCCGGGGACUUCAAUCUCACGCUUCUCGACCAUCUGAUUGCCGAGCCCGGCCUCACCAAUAUCGGAUGCUGCAACGAGCUUAAUGCAGGGUACGCCGCCGACGGCUACGCCCGCGUGAAAGGCGUCGGUGCAUGCGCCGUCACCUUCACCGUUGGCGGCCUCAGCAUUCUCAACGCCAUCGCCGGAGCCUAUAGCGAGAAUCUCCCCGUCAUCUGCAUCGUGGGCGGUCCGAACACAAAUGACUAUGGUACUAACCGAAUUCUUCAUCACACCAUCGGACUCCCUGAUUUCUCCCAGGAGCUUCGGUGUUUUCAGACCGUAACCUGCUUUCAGGCGGUGGUGAAUAAUUUGGAGGACGCGCACGAUCUGAUCGACACCGCCGUCUCGACUGCUCUCAAGGAAAGCAAGCCAGUUUAUAUUAGCAUCGCGUGCAAUCUUCCAGCCAUUCCCCAUCCAACCUUCUGCCGCGAGCCAGUCCCUUUUUUCCUUACUCCUAGACUGAGCAAUCGAAUGGGCCUGGAGUGCGCGGUGGAGGCGACCGCAGACUUCUUAAACAAGGCGGUGAAACCAGUGCUGGUGGGCGGCCCAAAACUGCGGGUGGCUAAGGCCGGAAAAGCCUUCGUCGAACUCGCCGAAAAAUGUGGCUAUCCCGUCGCCGUGAUGCCUUCUGCCAAGGGUCUUGUUCCCGAGCACCUCCCCAGGUUCAUCGGCACCUACUGGGGCGCCGUGAGCACCACCUUCUGCGCCGAAAUUGUCGAGUCCGCCGACGCCUAUCUCUUCGUCGGACCAAUCUUCAACGACUACAGCUCCGUCGGCUACUCACUCCUCCUCAAGAAGGAGAAGGCCAUAAUCGUCCAGCCAGACCGUGUUGUGGUCGCCAAUGGCCCCACUUUCGGCUGCAUCCUCAUGAAGGAUUUCCUUCUGGCGCUAUCCAAGAGGCUGACGCGAAACACAACCGCUUACGAGAAUUACAGCCGCAUCUUUGUGCCGAAUGGGCAUCUUCUGGAAUGCCAUCCCAGGGAACCUCUGCGUGUAAAUGUGCUGUUCAAUCACAUACAGAAGCUGCUUUCGGGAAACACUGCGGUAAUCGCGGAGACAGGGGACUCCUGGUUCAACUGCCAGAAGCUCAAGUUGCCGGAAGGUUGCGGCUAUGAGUUUCAAAUGCAGUACGGUUCCAUUGGCUGGUCCGUUGGAGCAACGCUUGGCUACGCUCAGGCUGCCAAGGACAAGCGUGUCAUCGCCUUCAUUGGUGAUGGGAGCUUUCAGGUGACAGCGCAGGACGUGUCAACGAUGAUUAGGUGCGGGCAGAACAGCAUCAUCUUCCUCAUCAACAAUGGAGGCUACACCAUAGAGGUAGAAAUCCACGAUGGCCCUUACAAUGUGAUAAAAAAUUGGAACUAUACUGCAUUGGUGGAUGCUAUCCAUAACGGGGAGGGGAAAUGCUGGACUACAAAGGUGUUCUGCGAGGAGAAGCUUGUUGAGGCGAUUGAAACUGCUACCAAAGAAAAGGAGGACUGCUUAUGCUUUAUUGAGGUUAUCGUGCAUAAGGAUGACACCAGUAAGGAGCUUUUGGAGUGGGGUUCAAGGGUUUCCGCAGCAAACGGCAGGCCGCCAAAUCCACAGUAAAUGCAGACUUGUUUGGGGUGUAGUCUUAUGUGAUUCCUAUAUUUUAUAUUAUAUUAGUCAUUUAAAUUCAUUUUUAUUGAUAUUAUUAAAUAUCAAUAUGGAAUAACUGUCAAUCAAUUGCUUAAAUUUUUAGGAGUGAUUUUCAUCUAAGUAUCUCCCUAAGUUGAGGAACCUUUAGUUUUUUAAAUUUGGCUAGUCUCUGUUUUCUUUUCAUCUCUUUUAUUGUAAGUUCAUCUAUUGCUGUAAUAGAUGUGCUGGACAUGGGAGUUCUGUUUUCUGAAACAUAUGUUUUGAUUA